AUGAUGAAAUUCAUUGUCAUUAUCACCACUAUUUUAUUGUCUGUGACAAUCAAUUAUACAAUUCAAGAUCUUAUAAUCACAGUUGGUUGCAAAGCAACAGGUUCAUUUUGCAUAUCUCCAACACAAUGUUGUAGUGGUGUAUGUCGUGGAAUUUGCAUUUCUCCAUGUCAACCAGUAAAUGCACCGUGCAACAAAUCAAUUAAUAAUUGUUGUGACGGAUUAACAUGCAAUCAAGCAACUGAAAGGUGUUGUCGAUUGGUAGGUAAAACGGCUCUAACUCCAUCGGAGUGUUGUAGUCAUCAAUGGAAACCAUAUAAUAUCGUUCGUGGCGGAAAAUGCACUCAUAAAUGCAGACGAAUAAAUGAAACAUGUGAUGAACAAACAAAUAUUUGUUGCACUGGGUUACAAUGUGGAUCGUCGCCGACAAAAUGCUGUCGACCAGCAGGACAAAGAGCUCUUUAUCAAGCUGAAUGUUGUUCGAAAUAUUGGAUACCGGAUUCAGUCGGCAAUGGUGGAAAAUGCUGUAGUCAACAUGCAGAACCAUGUUCAGAUAAUACAGACUGUUGUUCACCACUUGAACAUUGUAAAAAUACUACAUGGUCUUAUCUUUGCGUUUAA